AUAACAAAAAAAAAAGAAAUUUCAAGAAAUAAAAUUAAAAGUUAAAAAUUAUAAAUAAAGAUCAUCAAAAAUUUGCCCGUUCAUUGGAAACUGAUGAGGUGUAACGUACGACAAUAGAUGAAAUAAUACGGGAAUUAGCAACUGAAGGCGCAACCAAAGGCAAUUGAAACACUCAUCAAAAGAGAAAAUAGCACAUUGAAGAAUAUUUUCAAUAUACACAUGUUAACCAAAAGUUGAUACUCGUCCACAUCAUAAGAGGAGAGCAUUGAUAUUUUGUAAAUAUAAACGUCAACACAUCAAAUAUUUCAACAGAACACCGACCUUCCGUUUCAUAUAACGAAAUGCUACGUCCGAAUCAGAAGGUGUUCGUAGCUUUAGCUGCACUACUGCUCUGCACUUUCUCUACUACUUCAGCUGACACAGAGGCUGAUGACAAUUUCAACUGCCCCGAAGACUGCCAAUGUGUGAUACCACCCAACACACAACACACAUUUUUGCAUGCGAAAUGUAAGAGUUUGAAUGGUCUGAAGACUAAGGCACCUCUACAGACCACACUGCCCAUACAUUCCAUUGACUUAUCAUAUCUUCGUCUGGCACGUCUCUCGCAUUCUUUGGAUAAGUUACACGAUUUGACUUCGAUCGACUUGUCGCACAACGAAUUGCAUGAAAUCGGCCAUUUGGGUCGCCGUAUUAAAAAAUUGAAUUUGAAAGGCAAUCGCAUAACCUCAGGAAAGCUCUUAAAGCUGCCACAUCAUUUGCAGGUCUUAAACUUACAACACAACGACAUCACUUACUUGCCAAUUGAGUUCACCAACUUCAAGAACUUACACACAUUGGAGUUAAGCCAUAAUCAAAUAAAUUGCUCAUGUGAAACCUUAGAGGUACGUAAUUGGUUACAACAGCAUCAUGUUUUCAUGGAACAUCCAGUCAAGUGCAGUUAUCCUGUUGAAGUGAAGGGUCAAUCAUGGUUGCAAGUAAAGCAGGCACACAUUUGUGAGCAAGAAAAACAAGGUUGGAAUGCAGAUCAAGAUGAGAACGAGUUAAUGAUGGGCGAUCAACCAAUGGAAGGGUCGGGCGAUGAAGAGGAAGAAGAUGAAUUGGGUAAAGCAUACAUGCCAAUUGAAAAGAAGCCAACAUCAAAUAAAUCCAAUGAGUUGAAUGAUGUGGAAGGCUCGGGAGACUUGGGUGAAAUGAAUAUGCCAUUAAGAAACGAACUGAGUACAAAUAAUCCAAUUGAGGCAACAACUGAAAUGAUUGGUGACGUAGAUGAAGAUGAUGGCUCUGGUAGUGGUGCAGGAAUUCUUAUCGCACUACACUCAGAUAGAGACUUUCUCGUUAAUCAUGACUUCCACUACCCAACAAGUAAUGAGAAAGAUCAUGACAGCAACCACGAUGAUAGCUUUGAUAAUAAACCGAUAGAGGAGCCACAAGUAGAACCAACACAAUCUCCAGAUAUAUUUGGCGCCGGUAUGGGCAUAUUUGAUGGUGCUGAAGAUAACGAUGAUAAAACUAAUGAUGGAGUAGAUGAGGAAAUCAUUGUACCUGCUAUAUAUCACGCAGAAGAAGCAGCACCUGAAGCUAACUCUGACGCCGCAAUAAUUGAUGACGGAAUUGAUACAGAAACAAAAUCUGAAAAUAUAGAACGUGCAGAAGUAGGCGCACAGGACGACAAUAAUGCUACUUACUUCUUAUUAGGCGCAAUUGUUACCGCCACAUUGCAACGGACUGUUGAACUUUAUUGUGCAAUGCGUCGCAAGAAUUCACUCCUGCGCUAUUCGCUUAGUUUCCUCGCUGUUGGCGGUAAUGAUGAUAAUGAUGAUAAUGAUAAUGUUGAUAAUGAUGAUGGCACAAAUAUUGAGUCCCUGGCGUGA